UAAUUUGAUGUUUGAGUUAAUCUCUGAAUUGAUUGAAUUGAUAGCAUUUCCGGAAGAGUCUCACGAAAAAUGUAUCCCAAAGUCAGAGGCCAAUGAUAUUUGGUUGAGUUGUGCAAAAAAUGAGACGAUUGCUAUUUACGAGGCAUUCUUCACCACAUCUGCCAGACAUCGAUGCUCUCAAUCCUCGUCAGUGACCACAGAAAGAGCCAUUCAGACGGACGAAGACGAGGAUAAUAUGUAUGCCUUUCCCCGAUUGCCGGCCGCCUGUACUGACGACAUCCGACUCUCGUUGAACCGCAAAUGCUCGAGUGCUGAGAAUUGUAGCUUCAAUUUGAUGAAAGAUCACAAUCAGGGCUGCAUUGGAGAGGACGGUUCCCUCAUAAUCAGAUACACCUGUAUUUCCGCAAAAAAAUUCCAUCCCUUCUGUAACUUAAACUUAUCGGAGAGCUAUGGAUACAUUUCCACUCCAGGUUAUCCCCGUUUCUAUCCUCCGUACGAGAGCUGUGUCUGGAAUAUAGAGGCCGGGGAGGGACAGGUCAUACAGAUUGAUAUAUUGGACGUUGCAAUACGAGAACCCGAGUCUAAAACGUCUGUUUAUAAUCGCAAGAAAGUUGAAUACAAGUGCACCGAUCGGCUCCUUUUGACGGAAUCCAAUCGCUCCGACAAAGAGUCCGAUUCUGAUGGCAACUAUAUUUCAGAUAUUUUGAUACCCAUUGUCCUAAUGAUCGCUUUAUUGAUCGGAAAUGCAGUCAUUGUUUGGGUUUUAUUUAGAAUAAAGAGAAGACAGAAGAGAACGGAUGACAAGACUAUAGAAUCUACAGUUCCGUUGAACUCUGGUUCAGGCCCUCAGACCAGUGUUUAGUCAUUAAAGAUUACAUUUAUUAUUAUAUAUUGUUUUGAUUUGAUAUCAUAUGUGAGAUAUUUAACAAAAUCGUUGCCAAACAGAUAUACAGUAUAAUUAACAUUAUUGUCGAACAAACACUCAUUACAUUAAUAUUUAUUUUUCAUUCACUCAAUCAGUGUGUUCUCAACUUAAAGCCACUUCUAAGCCCUUAAUUCAUAA